CGAAAGGCGCGAUACGUCGGUAAACGUAGAAUCCAGUCAGGUGUGGUGAGCUGGGUAGAGUUACCGUAGAGCCGCCGUAUCGUACGACGGAGGUGACAAGAUGGAAGUUUCCUAGAUUCUUCUCUCUGCUCACAGACACGACUUGCUCCCGACUCAUCUCUGGUUGUAAAUAUUUUAAAUUUGAUCAUUAAUUAUGGAUGAUCUUAUGAAUUUGGAUUUGUAUCAGCUGAUAGGUGCAUCACCUACAGCUUCUGUGAAGGAGAUAAAGACAGCGUACCGGAAAAAAGCGCUUACGUGCCAUCCGGACAAGAAUCCGGAUAACCCAAAAGCAGGGGAGUUGUUCCACGAAUUAUCCAGAGCUUUGGAAAUAUUGAUUGAUGAAUCUGCAAGGGCCGCAUAUGAUAAAGUUUUACAUGCAAGAUGUCAAGCUAAAUUAAGAGUCAGAGAAUUAGACUCAAAACGUAGAAAGUUUAAAGAAGAUCUAGAGGCAAGAGAAGAAGCCUAUAGACUCAGUCAGCAAGGUGGGGGAUAUAGUGGUAAAAGUGACGAAGAUAGACUUAAGGCUGAAAUAGAAAGGUUGCAAAAAGAAGGCUCCAAACAAGUAGAAGAAGAAGUUGCUUUUGUGCGCCAGAAAAUUUUUGAGCAAUUACAUGGCCACAAUAAGUCUGCACCAACAGAUUGUAGAAUUAAAUUAAAGUGGAAAGUUGCAAAAGAUGAUUCGGAGAAUGGUGGAUACAAUUACGAUGUUCUGCACAGAAUGUUAUCUAAGUAUGGGGAUAUCGGAGCUCUUGUGAUCUCAUCGAAUAAAAACGGACGUGCUCUGGUUGAAUAUAAGGAAGCUACUGCAGCAGAAAUGGCAGCACAAAUUGAAAGUGGUCUCGCGCAAAAUCCCCUGGUUCUUGAGCUAAUGGGACAGGCAGAAAAAAAGACGAAACGUAGUGCAACUGAAACUAGUGGCAGUAAUUCUCAACAAAAUAAACGAUUGUUUCCUUCAGCAUUUGAUACAAAUGAGCCAAAAACUUGUAGUUUCCUUAGUUUUGCAUCAGCGCCCGAUAUAUUCCGUACUCAACCUAAAAUGACAGAUGCACAAUUUGAAACAUCAGUCCUUGAUAAUAUGAGGAGAGCCCAGGAAAGGAAACGAUUAUUGGAAGAGUUAAGAGCUGAGGAGGGAACUUGACAAAUUGGAUGACAAUACUGGUUCUUAAUGUAUUAUUGAAAAUUGUAAGAAAGUGUGUAUCUCAUCUAGCAGAGACACCAAAGUCGUGGUUGUUGCUUAAAAAAAAGUAAAGCAACAAGACAUAUUUUUAUAAUAAACUUAUUUAAAUGCCA